AUGUCUGGCGGCGCCUCAGAGAAGCAGAGCAGCACUCCGAGCUCCUUGUUCCUUUCGCCGCCGGCGCCUUCCCCCAAGAAUGGCUCCAGCUCCGAUUCCUCGGUGGGGGAGAAACUGGGCAGCGCGGGGCCCGACGCCGGAACUGGCCGGACAGAGGAGUACCGGCGUCGCCGCCACACUAUGGACAAGGACAGCCGUGGCGCGGCCGCCACCACUACCACCACUGAGCACCGCUUCUUCCGCCGCAGCGUCAUCUGCGACUCCAACGCCACUGCGCUGGAACUGCCCGGCCUUCCCCUUUCUCUCCCCCAGCCCGCCGUCUCCACGGCAGCUCCGCAGAGCACCCCGCCGGAGCCCCACCGCGAGGAGACCUUGACCGCCACCGCCGCUGCCCAGGUAGCCCAGCUGCCUCCCGCCGCUGCCGCCCCCGGGGAGCCAGCCGGCGUGGGCGCUGUAGCCGCGACCGCCCCCAGCAGUACCGGCAGAGACCGCCAAGUUUCCCAGCCCAACCAUGUGGGGAGCAAAGAGGAGCCUCCGUCGGCCAGAAGUGGCAGCGGCGGCGGCGGCAGCGCCAAGGAACCACAGGAGGAACGGAGCCAGCAACAGGAUGACAUCGAAGAGCUGGAGACCAAGGCCGUGGGAAUGUCCAACGAUGGCCGCUUUCUCAAAUUCGACAUCGAGAUUGGCCGAGGCUCCUUUAAGACCGUCUACAAAGGUCUCGACACUGAAACUACUGUGGAGGUCGCCUGGUGUGAACUGCAGGAUCGAAAAUUAACAAAGUCUGAGAGGCAGAGAUUUAAAGAAGAGGCAGAAAUGUUAAAGGGCCUUCAGCAUCCCAAUAUUGUUCGAUUCUAUGAUUCCUGGGAGUCCACAGUAAAAGGGAAGAAGUGCAUUGUUUUGGUGACUGAACUAAUGACAUCUGGAACACUUAAAACGUAUCUGAAAAGGUUUAAGGUGAUGAAGAUCAAAGUUCUAAGAAGCUGGUGCCGUCAGAUCCUAAAAGGACUUCAGUUUCUUCAUACCCGAACUCCGCCUAUUAUUCACCGAGAUCUUAAGUGUGACAACAUCUUUAUCACUGGCCCUACAGGCUCAGUCAAGAUUGGAGACCUAGGUCUGGCAACUCUGAAGCGGGCUUCUUUUGCCAAGAGUGUGAUAGGUACCCCAGAGUUCAUGGCCCCUGAGAUGUAUGAGGAAAAAUAUGAUGAAUCUGUUGAUGUUUAUGCUUUUGGGAUGUGCAUGCUUGAGAUGGCCACAUCUGAAUACCCUUACUCAGAGUGCCAAAAUGCUGCGCAGAUCUACCGUCGAGUGACCAGUGGAGUGAAGCCUGCCAGUUUUGACAAAGUAGCAAUUCCUGAAGUGAAGGAAAUUAUUGAAGGAUGCAUAAGGCAAAACAAAGAUGAAAGAUAUUCUAUCAAAGACCUUUUGAACCAUGCCUUCUUCCAGGAGGAAACAGGGGUACGGGUAGAAUUAGCAGAAGAAGAUGAUGGAGAAAAGAUAGCCAUUAAAUUAUGGCUACGUAUUGAAGAUAUUAAGAAACUAAAGGGAAAAUACAAAGACAAUGAAGCUAUUGAGUUUUCCUUUGACUUGGAAAGAGAUGUGCCAGAAGACGUUGCUCAAGAAAUGGUAGAGUCUGGGUAUGUCUGUGAAGGUGAUCACAAGACCAUGGCAAAAGCCAUCAAAGAUAGAGUAUCAUUAAUUAAGAGAAAACGAGAACAGCGGCAGUUGGUACGGGAGGAACAAGAAAAAAGAAAGCAGGAAGAGAUCAAUCAGAAACACCAGGUAGAACAACAAUCAAGUACUUCCCAGGCAGGAGUCAAACAGAUCCCAUCUGCUAGUACUGGCAUGCCUCCUGCUUCUACCACAUCAGCUUCAGUUUCUACACAAGUAGAACCUGAAGAACCUGAGGCAGAUCAACAUCAACAACUACAGUACCAACAAACUAGUAUAUCUGUGUUAUCUGAUGGGACGGUUGACAGUGGUCAAGGAUCUUCUGUCUUCACAGAAUCUCGAGUGAGCAGCCAACAGACAGUUUCAUAUGGGUCCCAACAUGAACAGGCACAUUCUACUGGCACAAUCCCAGGGCAUACAGCUUCUGUUGUCCAAGCACAAUCUCAGCCUCAUGGGGUAUAUCCAUCCUCAAGUAUGCCUCAGUCCAUGGCGCAUCCGUGUGGGGGGACCCCAACAUACCCAGAAUCACAGAUAUUUUUCCCAACUAUUCAUGAACGUCCAGUUUCUUUUUCACCACCUCCCACCUGUCCACCGAAGGUGGCCAUUUCCCAGCGGCGUAAGAGCACCUCCUUCUUGGAAGCCCAAACUCGCCACUUCCAACCCCUGCUGAGGACUGUUGGCCAAAAUCUUCUUCCACCUGGUGGCAGCCCAACUAACUGGACACCAGAGGCCGUAGUUAUGUUGGGCACUACAGCCAGUAGAAUAACUGGAGAGCCAUGUGAGAUACAGGUCCAUCCUAUGUUUGAACCAACUCAAGUUCACGGUGACUAUAGACCUGGACUAGUACUUCCAGAAGAAGCUCACUAUUUUAUUCCUCAGGAACCAGUGUAUCUAGCUUACCAGGCCCAGGUGACAGAACAGUAUGAGGGUAUUCCAUACAACUCACCAGUACUGUCAAGUCCUAUGAAACAGAUACCUGAACAGAAGCCAGUACCAGGGGGCCCUACCUCAAGUUCUGUCUUUGAAUUUCCAUCUGGACAGGCUUUCCUGGUAGGACACCUUCAGAAUUUAAGAUUAGAUUCUGGAUUGAGUCCAGGAUCUCCCCUCUCUAGUAUUUCUGCACCUAUCAGUACAGAUGCUACACGUUUGAAAUUUCACCCUGUCUUUGUUCCUCAUUCUGCGCCCGCUGUGUUAACUCAUAACAAUGAGAGCAGAAGCAAUUGUGUAUUUGAGUUUCAUGUUCACACUCCAAGCUCCUCUUCGGGAGAAGGAGGAGGAGUCUUGCCUCAGCGUGUUUACCGAAAUCGACAGGUUGCAGUGGACUUGAAUCAGGAAGAACCACCUCCUCAAUCAGUUGGAUUACAUGGCCGCCUACAGCCUGUGACUGAAGAACAGCGUAAUUACCAUGCCCCAGAAUUGACCGUUUCUGUGGUAGAGCCUAUCGGACAGAACUGGCCAAUAGGAAGCCCAGAAUAUUCCAGUGAUUCCUCACAAAUUACUUCUUCAGACCCCAGUGAUUUUCAGUCACCUCCCCCUACAGGGGGAGCAGCUGCACCUUUUGGCUCUGACGUCUCAUUACCCUUUAUCCAUCUGCCUCAGACAGUGUUACAAGAAUCCCCACUUUUCUUCUGUUUCCCCCAAGGAACCACAUCUCAGCAGGUUUUAUCUGCCUCAUUUUCUUCAGGAGGAUCUGCACUCCAUCCACAGGCACAGGGGCAAAGCCAGGGUCAACCAUCCUCAAGUAGCCUAACAGGGGUUCCAUCUUCCCUGCCCAUACAACAUUCUCAGCAGCAGCAGGGAGUACAGCAGACUGCCCCUCCUCAACAGACAGUGCAGUAUUCACUUCCACAGACAUCAACCUCCAGUGAGGCCACUACUGCACAGCCAGUCAGUCAGUCUCAGACUCCACAGGUCUUGCCUCAAGUAUCAUCUGGAAAACAGGGCUUCCCACCUCGACUGCCACCACAAUACCCAGGAGAUUCAAAUAUUGCUCCCACUUCCAGCGUGGCUUCUAUUUGCAUCCCUUCUACAGUCCUAUCCCCUCCCAUGCCGACAGAAGCACUGGCUACACCGGGUUACUUUCCUACAGUGGUGCAGCCUUUUGUGGAAUCAAACCUUUUGGUUCCUGUGGGCAGUAUAGGAGGACAGGUUCAAGUGUCUCAGCCAGCAGUGAGUUUAGCACAACAAACCCCCACUACAUCCUCCCAGCAAGCAGCUCUGGAGAGUACUCAGGGAGUCUCUCAAGUUGCUCCUCCAGAGCCACUUCCAGUGGCACAGGCACAACCUACCACUUUGGUCUCUUCUAUAGACAGUGCACAUUCAGAUGUUGCUUCAGGAAUGAGUGAUGGCAAUGAGAAUGUCCCAUCAUCCAGUGGAAGGCAUGAAGGGAGAACUACAAAACGGCAUUAUCGAAAAUCUGUAAGAAGUCGCUCUCGUCAUGAAAAGUCCUCACGUCCAAAAUUGAGAAUUUUGAAUGUUUCAAAUAAAGGGGACCGGGUAGUAGAAUGUCAGUUAGAGACUCAUAAUCGGAAAAUGGUUACAUUCAAAUUCGAUUUAGAUGGUGACAAUCCUGAGGAGAUAGCAACAAUUAUGGUGAACAAUGACUUUAUCUUAGCAAUAGAGAGAGAGUCCUUUGUGGAUCAAGUACGAGAAAUUAUUGAAAAAGCUGAUGAAAUGCUCAGCGAGGACGUCAGUGUGGAACCAGAGGGUGACCAGGGAUUGGAGAGUCUACAGGGAAAGGAUGACUAUGGCUUUGCAGGUUCUCAAAAAUUGGAAGGAGAAUUCAAACAACCAAUUCCUGCAUCUUCUAUGCCACAGCAAAUAGGCAUUCCUACCAGUUCUUUAACUCAAGUUGUUCAUUCUGCUGGAAGACGGUUUAUAGUGAGUCCUGUGCCAGAAAGCCGAUUACGAGAAUCAAAACUUUUCACUGGUGAAAUAUCAGAUACGGUUGCUGCCUCAACAUCCCAUGGCGCUGGAAUGAACUUGUCUCAUUCUGCUUCAUCCCUUAGCCUACAACAGGCGUUUUCUGAACUCAGACAUGCCCAAAUGACAGAAGGGCCCAAUACAGCACCUCCCAACUUCAGUCAUACAGGACCAACAUUUCCAGUAGUACCUCCUUCCAUGAGUAGCAUUGCUGCAGUCCCAACCACAGCAGCAGCCACACCUUCAAUAUCAGCCCCUGCAACUAGCAGCCCUCUUAAUGACAUGUCCACAUCAGUAAUUCAGUCUGAGAUUCCAGUGCCCACUGAAAAAGGGAUUGGUGGAGUUGCCACCUGCACAGGUGUGAUACCGUCAAGUGGUCUCCCUGUACCUCCUGUAUCUGAAUCACCAGUAUUUUCCACUGUGGUUUCAAGCGUUACAGUACCUACAGUUGUCUCAAUAUCAACAACAUCCCAGCCAGUUCAGGCUUCUACAUCUGGGAGUGUUGUUUCUAGUAUAGGCACUUUGCCAUCUAUACCAGUUUCAACGUUAGCCUCUGCUGCGGGCAGUGCUGCUGUCUCAGGUGCUAAGCCUCCACCUGUAGUAUCUCAACAAGCGACAGGCAGUACUUCUGGGGUAGCCACGUUAACAUCCAUUGCUGCCACCACUCCAUUCCCGAGCAUAGCUUCCCAGCUGCCUCUUCAGCUGAGCAGCAGCACCUCUGCUCCUACUCUAGCUGAAACAGUGGUGGUUAGUGCACACUCACUAGAUAAAACAUCUCAUAGCAGUACAACUGGAUUGGCUUUGUCCCUGUCUGCAUCAUCAUCUUCCUCCCCUGGAGCAGGAUUAUCUAGUUCUGUUUCUCAGCCUGGUGGGGUGCAUCCUUUGGUCACCCCAUCAGCUAUAGCUUCUACUCCUGUCCUUCCUCAAGCAGCAGGACCUACUUCUACACCUUUAUUACCCCAAGUACCUAGUAUCCCACCUUUGGUACAACCUGUUGCCAGUGUGCCUGCUGUGCAGCAGACACUAAUUCAUAGUCAGCCUCAACCAGCUUUACUUCCCAACCAGCCCCACACUCACUGUCCUGAAAUAGAUGCUGACUCACAGCCCAAGGCUCCUGGAAUUGAUGACAUAAAGACUCUAGAGGAAAAGCUGCGGUCUCUCUUUAGUGAACACAGCUCAUCUGGAGCCCAACAUGCAUCUGUCUCACUGGAGACAUCACUGGUAGUAGAGACCACUGUCGCACCAGGCAUCCCAACCACUGCUGUUGCACCAAGCAAGCUCAUGACUUCUACUACAAGUACAUGCUUACCACCAACAAGUUUGCCAUUAGGGACAACUGGUUUGUCAGUUAUACCAGUGGUCACACCGGGACAAGUUUCCACCCCAGUCAGCUAUGUGUCCGCCCCAGUCAGCACUACAUCAGGAGUGAAAGCUGGAACUGCUCCAUCAAAGCCACCUUUAACUAAAGCUCCAGUGCUGCCAGUGGGUACUGAACUUCCAGCUGGUACUCCACCCAGCGAGCAGCUGCCACCUUUUCCAGGACCUUCACUAACUCAGUCCCAGCAACCUCUGGAAGAUCUUGAUGCUCAAUUGAGAAGAACACUUAGUCCAGAGACUGUUGUGGGGACAUCUACAGUUGGGCCUGUGUCCAUGGUGGCUCAAGCAGCAGUUACAGAAGCAGGAACACCGCCUCAGAAGGAUGUUUCUCAAAUCACAGAAGGUCCUGUCCUAGGAACUAGUUCAGGAACUGGUGUUUUUAAGAUGGGACGAUUCCAGGUUUCAGUUGCAAUGGAUGAUGUCCAAAAAGAGGGUAAAAAUAAGUCAGAAGAUGCAAAGUCUGUUCAUUUUGAGUCUAGCACUUCAGAGUCCUCAGUACUAUCAAGUAGUAGUCCAGAAAGUACCCUGGUGAAGACAGAGCCUAAUGGGAUCCGUAGCAUCUCAUCAGAUAUGCCAGAUAGUGCCCACAAAACUCCUGCCUUGGGAGCAAAGUCAGAAACUGGGCAGCCUACAAAGGUAGGACGCUUCCAGGUGACAACUACAACGAACAAAGUAGGUCGUUUCUCUGUAUCAAGAACUGAAGACAAGAUUGCUGAGGCAAAGAAAGAGGGACCAAUGGCAUCUCCUCCUUUUAUGGAUUUGGAACAAGCUGUUCUCCCCGCUGUGAUACCAAAGAAAGAAAAGCCUGAACUGUCAGAGCCUUCACAUCUGAAUGGGCCAUCUUCUGACCUGGAGGCCGCCUUCCUAAGCAGGGAUGUGGAUGAUGGUUCAGGUAGUCCACACUCCCCCCAUCAGCUGAGCUCAAAGAGCCUCCCUAUCCAGAAUCUAAGUCAGAGCCUUAGUAAUUCAUUCAACUCCUCUUACAUGAGUAGUGACAAUGAGUCAGAUAUUGAAGAUGAAGAUUUAAAAUUAGAGCUGCGAAGACUACGAGAAAAACAUCUUAAAGAGAUUCAAGACCUGCAGAGUCGCCAGAAGCAUGAAAUUGAAUCUUUAUAUACCAAACUGGGCAAGGUUCCCCCUGCUGUCAUUAUUCCCCCAGCUGCCCCUCUUGCAGGGAGAAGAAGGCGACCCACUAAAAGCAAAGGCAGCAAAUCUAGUCGCAGCAGUUCCUUGGGGAAUAAAAGCCCCCAGCUUUCAGGUAACCUGUCUGGUCAGAGUGCCACUUCAGUUUUGCACCCCCAGCAGACCCUCCACCCUCCUGGCAACAUCCCAGAGACUGGGCAGAAUCAGUUGUUACAGCCCCUUAAGCCAUCUCCCUCCAGUGACAACCUCUAUUCAGCCUUCACCAGUGAUGGUGCCAUUUCAGUACCAAGCCUUUCUGCUCCAGGUCAAGGGACCAGCAGCACAAAUACUGUCGGGGGAACAGUGAACAGCCAAGCCGCCCAAGCUCAGCCUCCUGCCAUGACGUCCAGCAGGAAGGGCACAUUCACAGAUGAUCUGCACAAGUUGGUAGACAAUUGGGCCCGAGAUGCCAUGAAUCUUUCAGGCAGGAGAGGAAGCAAAGGACACAUGAAUUAUGAGGGCCCUGGAAUGGCAAGGAAGUUCUCCGCACCCGGUCAGCUGUGCAUCUCCAUGACCUCAAACCUGGGUGGUUCUGCCCCCAUCUCUGCUGCAUCAGCUACCUCUCUAGGUCACUUCACCAAGUCCAUGUGCCCCCCACAGCAGUACGGUUUUCCAGCUCCCCCCUUUGGCACUCAGUGGAGUGGGACAGGUGGCCCAACACCACAGCCACUUGGCCAGUUCCAACCUGUGGGAACUGCCUCCUUACAGAAUUUCAACAUCAGCAAUUUGCAGAAAUCCAUCAGCAACCCCCCAGGUUCCAACUUGCGGACCACUUAG